AUGCAUGAGGGGGUAGGGUUAUUAGAGAAUGGUGGAGAGGAGAUUAAUAUGGUGGAAAGGUGUGAGGAGGUGUUAGAAUUGGUGGACGAGGAGGAGGAGGGUGACGAGGAUGGGGAGGAGGAGGAAGAGGAGGAGAGGGAGCAGCAGCAGCAGCAGCGGCGACAGCAGCGAGAGAAGGGACAUUCGGAGCAGCAGCAGCAGCAGCAGCACGGCUCUCAGGAGGAGAAGGAGGAGGAGGAAGAAGAUCUCCGCUGCUACCCCCCUCUCACAGCCGCUGCUGCGGAAUCUCUUGCUGUGAGGUGCGCAGGGGCGUUGACUCGCGUGCAUGUGAAGGGGGCGGAGUCGCUCCGAGCGGUGGCUAGGCUUGCUGCUGGGUUUGGGAGGUUUGACAGGUGUGGAGAGGUUUUGGAAGGCUCUGCCCGAGGCUCGUCAUCAGGCUUGGGCCAUGCCUCUCCCCCAGGCUCGUCCCUCCAGCACCUCUGUGCUGACUCAUGCUCCGAUCUUUCUGACGCGUCCCUCGGGCUUAUCCUCGGCCGCCACGCGCGCCUGCGCCAGCUGUCGCUCUCCCAUUGCGAGAGGCUGUCUCCUGACGCGAUCUGCGUGCUGGCAGAGUCCUGGGGAGGAAGAGGAGCGGCAGAUGAAGAGGCAGCACCACAAGUAGCAGCACCAGCAGCAGGAGGAGCAGCAGCAGGAGCAGCAGCAGCAGCACGAGCAGCAGAAAGAGGAGCAGAAAGAGCAGCAGCAGCUGCGGCUGCAACAGCAACUGCAGCAGCAGCAGCAGCAGCAGCAGCAGCAGCAGCAGCAGCAGCAGCAGCAGCAGCAGCAGCAGCAGCAGCAGCAGCAGCAAGCACGCCAGCGAGGGAGGAGGAAACUACUCACACGCCCAUGUUCUCAGGCCCAUCCGCAGAGGGCGUUUCUGUUUCAGAAGAGAGCGCUGCUGCGUCGGAAGAGAGCCAGGUCAGAGCACUCGUGCUCCACAUCACCAGAGCUCUGGGCGGCGGUGGGCCCCGCAGUGCCUGCGUGGAGCUCUCUGAUUGGACGGAGCUGAUUCUGGUGCGAGCUCUGCACUCAUUGGCUGAGAGGUUGGAGCCAAUGGGGUGGGGAGAGGGCUGGGGGGGAGUGAGACGGGGAGGGGGAAGGGGACGGGGGGAACUGGGAGGGGCGGAAGGAGGAAGGCGAGGGGCGGAUGGGGCAGGAGGGGGGGUGAGAGGUGGGGAAGGGGGGGUGGGAGAGAGGGGAGGAGGAGGGGGAGGGGAAGGAGAAGGAGGAGGAGGGGAAGCAGCAGGAGGAGGGGGAGGAGGGUUAGGUAGAGGGUGGGAGGCGAGGGAGGAUUUCUGGGUGAGUCAGGGCGUUCCGGCAGUGCUGCUGCUGCUGCAGAGCAGGCAGCAGGAGGUGCGGGAGAGAGCAGCGGCCACUGUGGGAGUCUUUGUUGUCGCUGACUCUAUUGGGGCUGGAUUCGAGGAGGAGGAGUUGGAGGGGGUGGAGGUGGAGGUGGAGGAAGAGGAGGAGGGAGAGGUGGGAGCAGGGCAGGGAGGGAGAGGAGCAGGAGGGAGAGUGGGGGGAGGCGGUGGGGUGGGGGCAGGGGAGUGGAGAGUAGCGGGAGGGGCCGGAGGAGGAGGAGAGGGAGGAGGGGAAGGAAGGGGAAGGGCAGGGCGACAGGGGGACAGGUGGGAUAUGGUGAUGGGUGAGAGCGGGGGAGUGGGGGAGGGGGGGAGCAGUGGGCGGGUGAGUGCGUUUAUGCGAGGCGGCGGAGUGGAGGUGCUGGUUCACAUGGCAGGCCGGCACGGGCCCGAGGGGCCGCGGUUCGAAGCAACCAAGGCCCUGGCGAAUCUGUCAGUGAGUGCGGACUUGGCAAAGGAGGUGGUGAGGGUGGGGGGAGUGGGCGUGCUGCUAUCCCUCCUCGCUCACUCCAACGCCUGUAUCGCCGAGGCUGCUGCAGGGGCGCUCUGGAACCUAUCAGUGGAUGAGUACAAGGCGUACAUCAUGCGGGCAGGGGGCAUCGCCACACUGGUUGAUCUCAUGGCCACCUCUCCUCCUCCUACUUUUGGCCUCCCAGGGGACAGUGUCCUCGAGCGGGUGACGGGUGCCCUGGCAAACCUAGCGGUGGACGACGGGUGCAGCACGGCCAUAGUGGAGAGGGGAGGGGUGGCAGCGCUGGUGCGUGUGCUGGUGGGGUGCCGCCACGACCUCGCUGCAACUGCAAGCGCACCUGCUAACCCCCACGACCUCGUGCUAGAGCAGGCUGCCAGGGCCCUCGCAAACCUUGCUGCUCAUGGUGACUGCAACCGCAACGCUGCUGCUGUUGGGGCGGAGCCUUCUGCCAUCCCCGCGCUGGUUGCUUUGUUGCAGUUACCGAACGAAAGCUUAAGGCAAGAGGGAGCAGGCGCGCUAUGGAAUCUAUCAUUCCACGACGGCAACAGGGAGGCGAUCGCAGCAGCUGGGGGGGUAGAGGCGUUGGUUCGCCUGGCGCAGGAGUCGUGCCUACCCGGUGCAGAAGAGGACACGCAGGAGCGAGCCGCCGGUGCUCUAUGGGGCCUGUCUGUGUCUGAAGCCAACAGUGUGGCCAUCGGCCGGGCUGGUGGGGUGGAGACUUUACUCAGCCUUGCCCAGUCACGCAAGAAGGAGGUUCAAGAGACUGCCACUGGCGCGCUUUGGAAUCUAGCCUUCCAUCCAGGCAACGCCGCCCGCAUUCUCGUGAACAGUGGCGUGCCCAUCAUGGGCGCAAUCAUUUCUGCCUCCCUGCCGCCCACCGCCCUUGACCACUUCUCCUCAGCCCCCUCCUCCCCCUCCUGCUCCCACUCUCCCUCCUCUGCCACCACACCUAGAAGCACCACCACUGCCCACACCUCUCCAUCCUCAUCAAACCCUGCUGGUGCUCCCGGUGCCGCUGCUGGUCGUGCUGCUGGUGGUUCUGCUACUGGUCGUGCUGGUGCUGCUGUUGCUACUGUUGAUGGCUUUGCCUGGUAUGAGCUGCUGCCGCAGCCCGCUCCUCCUCCCCCUGCCCGCACGCUCCCUCCCCAUCCUCUUUUACCCAACAACCGUAACCUCUUUGCUGCUGAUGCAGCAACAGCGGCUGCGCUUCGAGCUGUCGCUGCUGCCAAUGCUGCCGGUGCUGGUGCUGCUGCGACUGCCGCUGCUGUCCGUGCUGCUGUUGCCGAUGCCGAUGCUGCUGCUACGGCUGCUGCUGCUCGUUCUCCUGCCGACGGUGCCCGUUGGAUUUCGUCUCCCAUGGCUGGAUUCAUGGCGUCUCUUGCUCUCGCAUACAUGUGCGAUGGAAGCAAAGAUGCAGAGAUGUUGGCAGCGGCGGAAGCAGUAGCACCUGAUCUGGAAUACCCUCUAACCUUGCAGUUGCAGCAGAAUCUUGGUCUGCACGUCAUUGAGUGGUUUCUCAGAUGCUUCCUGCACGAACGCGAGGAGGCAGAGCGGGCGAGGGAGAGAGUGAGGGAGAGGGAGCGGGAGAGGAGGAGGGCGAUGGAGGAAGAGGAGGAAGGGGAGUUUCGGAGCAGAGGGAGCAGGCAGAGAGCGGGAGGGUCAAGAAAGAGGAGAGCUUCGGCAUUGGAGGAGGAGGAAGGGGAGGAAGAGGCGGAGGAAAAUGAGGGGGAUGGGUUGCCUGGGACAGCUGCAGCAACCAGAAGCAGAAGGGCAGGGAGGGGGCGAGGGAGAAGAAGAAGGAGAAGAGCGAUUGAAUUAGACUCUGAUGAGGAAGAGGAUGGUUCGGCGCUGGGUGGAGGAGCCACAGGCUCGGCCACACCUGGCUCUGCGGCUCGGAACGGCCCUGCUUGUACCCGCACUUUCAACUCCCCUGCUGCUGGGCCGUCCGGCGCUUCAGGAUUUUCUUCAGGUGCCGGUUCAGGAGAUCUGCCACCGCCCAUGUCGGCGGGGUUCACGCGGCACCUGGGAGCACAGCUGGCAGCAGCAGAUGAUGCUGCAUUGAUGGAAUUUUCCCAGAACUGUCGCAUUCAGGAGGCGGGGCUGCUCAGGUGCAGUGCGGCCGAGAUCGCUCGUUUUGUCGCCAUGCUACGAAGCUCCUCCCCCUCUCUGCGCGCCUGUGCAGCCUUUGCCCUCAUGCAACUCACCAUGCCCGAUGCCCGCCACACCGCCCACCACAUCAACCUUCUCUCCGACACCGGAGCUUCCCGCACAAUUCGCGCCACCGCUGCUUCCGCUACGUGCCCUCCUAUGGAUCAACAGCGGCUGGAACGCGAGAGGCAGGUUAUGAAAUCGGGAGUGUCACCGGGGGGAAGGGGAGAAGGAGGCGGGGGAGGCGGGGGAAGAGGAGGGAGCGGAGGCGCGGAAGGAGGAGGGGGGGAAGGGGGAAGGGGAGGAGGGGGAGGGGGAGCGGGAGAGGCAGGGAAGAGCAAGGGGCCUCGAGAGGCGAGGCAGCUGUGGGUGGGCAACGUGACCCUCGAUAUUGCCGAGCGUGAGCUGUCAGACGCGUUUGGCCGCUUUGGCCAGGUGGAAGGCCUCGCGAUUCUUUACCAGAGAGAGUUUGCUUACGUGGACAUGGCCACGUCAGCACAGGCCAGCGAGGCGAGGCGGGUGCUGGCGGGGAAGCCUCUGCGCCCGGGCCUGCUGCCGCUGAAAGUGGAAUUCGCGUAUGCCAAGGGGUCAACGGCGGGCGGCGGGGCGGCACAGCCGCCACCAGCCAGUCAGCCCAAGGAGAAGGAGUGGCCGGGGGCGGCGGGGGUGCGGCGGGUGGUGUGGGUGGGGUGGGGGCCGGCGCACGUGGUGCCCGAGGAGAUCGACGCACCUGGGCCUGUUGUACCAUACUCAAUUAUUGGUUUAUUUGUCUGCCUCCCUGCUCUGCGUUAUCCACUGCAGCCGCCACCAGCUACUCAAUCGAAAGAGAAGGAGCGCCCAGAUCGGCCACGGGGAGGCGUGCGGAGGGUGGUGUGGGUGGGGUGGGGGCCGGCGCAUGUAAUCCCCGAGGAGAUUGACGCGGAGUUCCGGCGGUUCGGCCCCAUCGAGGACCUGCGCUUCCACCCCGACCGCGCCUGCGCCUUCGUGGACUACCGCUUUGAGGACGACGCCCAGGCCGCCGUGGCCUCCAUCAACAACGUCCGCACGGGCGACGGUGGGGUGUUCCGAGUGGACACGCUCACAGUCACAGAGGAGAGGCUCCACGCGGCCUUUUCCCAGCACGGGCAGAUUCGGCGCAUCAAGACGUUCCCGGGGCGCACGUACGCGUUUGUGGAGAUGGGCACGUGCGAGCAGGCGACGAAUGCGAUCCGUGCACUGGACCACGUGUUGUUUAACGACGAGCGCGUGCACAUUCGGUAUUCUAAGAGCGAGUUUGCGUUUAUGCACGCUGCAGACCCGCCCUUCUCCUCCCCUGCUGCUGCUGCAGCAGCAGGCGGUGCAGCAGGCGGUGCAGGAGGUGCUGCAGCAGGAGCGGCAGCUGGGGAGGGGUUUGGCGAGAGGGGCAGGCAGGGAGGAGGGACGGGCGGUGGGGGGGUUUCUGGGGGUUUCCGCAGAAGCAGUGGCUGGGAUGUUGUUGUGCCCCCAGCUGUCUCUCCUGCUGGUUCUGCUGUUUCUUCCGUCACCGAACCUCCCAUGCUGGUCCGUCCGGGCUUGCCUGGCGCUCUUCCCGGCCCCAUGCCUCCUCCCGGACCUGGUUCCAUGCCUGGAGGACUGGCUCGGGCGGUUGGUGGUUCGGGUGGCGCGGGGUCGCAUUGGAAGGGGACGUUGGCUAAGGGGGGGAUUCUCGUGUGCCAUGCGCGGGCGAUUCCCAUCGGUCCAGGCAUCUCUGCACCCAUGCCGGACGUUUUAAACUGUUCCGCCCGCACAGAACUGGACACUCUCGCGAAGCACGUGCGGGCAGCAGCGGAUUUCGGAGUGGUAGCAAUAAUCCCCGAGGCACAGCCGGACGUGCCGCCGUACCACGACCUCGUGCAGUACCUGGGGGACAAGCGCCGUGCAGGGGUGGCCAAGCUGCCUGACGGCUCUACGCUCUUCCUCGUCCCGCCCUCCGAUUUCGCCGUUUCCAUCCUCCAAGUGCCCAGGAAUGACUCACUCUUCGGAGUCUACCUCAACGUCGCUGCUCCCGCUGCUCCUCCUGCGCUUUCUGCUCCCGUUGCUCCUGUUGUUCCUGCUGCGCCUGCUGCUCUUGCUCCGCCAGCGCUUCCCUUGGGCUCCGCCCCACGGCUGGUUACUGCCAGUCCUCUUCCACGGGGGCCCCCGCUUCCCCUCCCGCAUGCAGGGCUGAUGCACCAAGGGCAACCAGGGAGGCCUCCUUUGCCUCCCAACCAGCAGGGCCCCGGUCAGCAGCAGCAGCAGCAGCAGCAGCAGACAGGAGCCUCGUCGUUUAGGUGGCAGCAGCAGCAGCAGCAGCAGCAGCAGCCCCAGGAAGGGGGCGGAGGCCUUUCCGCCCAGCCUCUUUCGCCUCCCCAGAGGCCUUUGCAAGCACCUAUGCACCCAUCCGCGGUUCCCUUGCCUCGUGCCCCUGGUGCAGGUCCCGGGUUACCUGGUUACCAACCUCCGUCUUUCACACCCCCGGUCCCUCCCAAUGCCCGUUCUUCUGCCUCCCCCAUCCCCCCGGCGGCACUUCAGUUGAUACGCCCCCCUGUGGGUAUGGUUGGGGGAGGCGCCGAGGGAGCAGCAGCUGGGGCAGGGGCAGGGGCGGGUGCAGGGCAGGGUGCUACUGGAGCAGGUUUUUCUGGGGCGGGUUUACCUGCUGGGAUCACCCCUGAGCUCCUGGCGUCUCUAUCGUCUCUGCUUCCGAAGCUGAACGUUCCGACCGCAUCCCCUGCUCCUGCCACCGGCACUGGUGGUGCUGGUGCCACUCCUGGCAAUGCCAUUGCACCUGGUAGCGCACCUGCCUCUGCUGCGCCUGGCUCGUCUGGUCCCGGCAUGGGUAUGAGUUUCCUCCCUACUGGCCCAGGCAUGGGUGGGAUGAAGCGGGAUUUCUCCUCAGUGCCACCUCCGCUCCCCCCUGCCCCCCCAGUCGGGGGGCAGUUUCCUCAGAGGCCUCCUGGCCCUCCUCUUCCUCCCCUCCCGCCUCAGCAGCAGCAGCAGCAGCAGCAGCAGCAGCAGCAGGCGGUGUCGCCUCCUCAGUUCACUCCAGAGCAGCUGGCUCAGCUUAGUAAACUGCUGGGACAGCAGCAGCCGCAGCCGCAGCAGCCUCCCCAGUCUAUGCAGCAGCAGCAGGCGCAGCAGCAGCAGGCGCAGCAGCAGCAGCAGCAGCAGCAGCAGCAAGCACAGGAACAGCCGCCUUCCAGUUAUGGUGGCCACUCAGGUGCGCCGUCAGGGGGCCCUCUACCCCCAUCUGCUCCUGCUGCGCCCUUCCCUGGCGCCGGUUUCCCUGGGCCUGCACCCAGAGGGCCCUUUCAAGGGCCGCCACUGCCCCCGCCGCAGCAGCAGCCACAGCAGCAGUGGCGGCAGCAGCAGCAGCAGCAGCAGCUGGUGCAGCAGCAGAUGCAGCAACAACCGCAGCAGCAGAUGCAAGGGCAGACUGACGGUUCUGGCUUUGGUGGUGGCAUGAGGGGCCCAGCCUUUGGUGAUCGCAGCAGUGGUGGUGGUGGUGGUGGUCCCGGUGGUGGUGGUGGUGCUGCUUGGAAUGGCUCGGCCGUUGGAACUGCUUCUGGUGGUGGUGCUGGUGGUGGUGGUGGUUCUGGUGGGGGUGGUGGCGCAGGUUAUGGUGGCGGUGGUGGUGGCGCUGCUGGUGGUGCUGGUGGUGUUGCGGCCUCGUUCCCCCCUCAAUGGAAUCAGCAGGGGCCUUCAGCACCUUUACCUCCUCAGCAGCCUUUCUACCAGCAGCAGCAGCAGCAGCAGCAGCAGCAGCAGCAGCAGCAGCAGCAGCAGCAGGCGGGUGGUGGUUAUGGGCCAGGUUCAGUUGUUCCUUCAGGUGGUUUCUCAGGUGGUUCUGGUGGUUCAGGUGGCAGCAUGGGAGCAGCGGCAGCAGCCGUGGCAGCAGUAACAGCAGCAGCAGGUGGAGGAGGGGGAGGGGGAGGAGGUGGAGGAGGGGGAGGAGGCGGUGGUGGUGGAGGAGUGGGAGGGGGAGGUAUUGACAUGCAGGAUGAGAGAGGUGGUGGGUGCAGCAAGCAGUGA